AUGAUAAAAGAUUACAUAGAUCAGUUUUCUAACAAUAAAAACAUACGCGGAUCCGUUCCAUUGCUUACUAAAAGUGAAGAGGAAGAAGAUAAUGAAAUGAUUUGCCCAAAACAUAAUAAAAAAUACCAAUUUUUUUGCAAAAAUUGUCAAAAACCAUUAUGCCCUGACUGCCUUUUCGAAGAAUAUACAUCACAAAACAAAGUACAUAAUGGACAUAGAAUCGAAAAAGUUGUAGAUAAAAAGCAAGAAGCAAAAGAUCAACUAAAAAAGGAAAUUAAACAGGCAAAAGCUCUUAGAGACAACAUAGAAAAUCAAUUGCAGUCAACACCAGAUAUGAAAGCAGCACUUGCAAGCCAGAAAAGUGAAAUUGAGAUUGAAAUGUACAAUACAUAUCGCGAUUUCCAGCGUAAUAUUGAAUCAAUUUCAGCAAAAAACGAGAAAAAAUUACUAGAAAAAGCAUCUGCUAUAGAUUCUAUGAUAGAUGAUACUGAAAAAAUUGUAGAUAUGGCAUCUGCUAUAGUUACAGCUAACGAUGUUGGAGUAUUUUUAAGUUCAAAGGAAUUAGUUGCUAAAAUUGAUUCAUUUGCUAAAUCUCCACCUCCUUAUUUGUUUGAAAGACAAUCUUAUCCUGAUACAAACUAUGUCUGUCCUCAAAGUUCAGAAACGGAAUUUGAUUUCUCAGAUUUUACAUCAAUGCUCGACCAGAAUCACUUAGAACGAGGUUAUAUUUACACUCCUGAGUUCAAAGCAUUUGGAGCAAGAUGGAGAGGUAAAUUAUAUCCAAAUGGAAACGGAAAUGGUGCAGGAACACACAUAUCUAUGUUCUUAGAGGUGUUAAAGGGCUUUGAUCGUCCAUUUCAGUUUAAUUAUCAAGUGAAAAUUAUUCAUCCAACGCAAGAUACAGUUUUAGAGCGUCAUUUCGUUUCAGAAUUCCAAAACUUGGAUUCGUGGGGCUGGAAUAGACUCGCUUCUCUUAAUGUUGUUAAAAAUAACGGAUAUAUUUUCCCGGAUAACAAGCUUAGGAUACAAAUUAAGCUUUCUCCUACUACUUAUUCCGUUCUUACAGAGAUUUACCUAGAUAUUCUUGAAAGAAAACGAGCAAAACUCGCAGAUUUGAAAAUGCAAGCAAAUGAGAAGAAACUUAUCAUAAAAGAUAAUGAAAAUACAGCUGAUGAUGGAGAAAAGGAUCUUCCAUGGAAAGCUGUAGAAUCUUCAAGAGCUUGA